UGUAACAUCCACUUUAUGAAGCGAAAGCGUGUAGACGAAUGGGGUGACUUCCUCAGUUAAUUUUAUGGGUAAAUUUAGUCAGCGAUCUGAGAAGAGUUUGAUUUUUAGCUCCAACGUGGGUUAUUUGUGAUCCUGAUAAUUUGCCACGCGUUGACUGGUUUGCAUUGUUCCUCUCCGUUGUAGCCAGAACAAAGAUAGUGCUAGAUAGCUAUAAAAUUCAGGUAAGACACGCCUCCUGUCACCAUCUGUGAUUUUUGAACUUGAGAUGUCUAGACAAGACAAGCGUAAACUGUCGAUCCUCGUUGGUUCCCGCAGUAGAGCAAAGGAACUUGGGCAGUGACGCGAGUGCCGUAACGUGUCAGGAAAAGUUCUGCAAGUACUCGGGAAUGUAACUAGCUAAAUAAACUUCGCAUACUUAAACCAGUAGCAUGAAGUCUGCUUGUUAGAUCCCUUGUUAAUAUAGAAUUUAUAAAUGGUUGCAUUUAACGAUGCAAGAAACGUUAUAGUUUAGCAAGCUUGGUCCUCAAACUGGCUAAAUAUUGCAUAAACUGAACUGUCUGCUACCGUAGGUGGGCGAAACUGUAUUAGGUGGUCAGUGACAGUCAUUUUUAAAGUUUUGCUUUUCCUAUUUCAAAUUAUUACUUGUUUCUAAUGUUGUGGCUAAUGUUUUACGUUAGUUGGGAAACCUGCGACGAGAAGAAAAGAAAUGUCGCUGCAAUUAGGCAAUCUAAUGAUCGUGUAUCUAACAUUUUCUUCUCAGUAAUAGAGUCAAAAUGUACGUUUAUUUAAACGUUUAUUCGUAAAUUGUCAUUGAGUGUAUCCGUUUUCUUCUAUGUCAUUUUGUAACUGCAAGGUGGCUCAGAGCACUUUUGUGUGGGUUAAGUAUGGCGAAGGGUGGUGGAUGGUGGCAAGAGAAGUCCCUCCCUGGCAAGAGUGGGAUUGAACUGGCUAACACCAGUGGUUUGAGUACUGUGUCCAGGCCACCUGUCACUAUUCGACUGGGGGAAAUUUUGAAGCCAGAGGCAGAGAGAAAACCUGUCAAGAUCCGACCACCCAGCCCAAGGACACCCCCACCCAGGGAGGCUGUUUUUGGGCGGAGCCUUUCCGUUGAGCCCACACCCAAACCCAUCAUACGGAGACGUGCACAGUCCCUGCCCUCUACCAGGGAGCAAAGGAGAAGAUCCACCAGAAUGCAGGUGUGCCUGGAGCGGGUCCUGUGCUCUGAAUUGGGCAUCACUGGCACUGCACAAGUCCUCAACUUGGCCUUUGAGAAAGAGGUCAUGGUGCACUACUCUUUCACCAACUGGAGGAGCAAAGGAGACUCAAAGGCAAGCUGGGUGUCCUCCGUUGUUAGGAACCGAAUGGCCGGCGAGCCAGACUCAGAUAUUUUUCGUUUCCGCCUGCCAGUUCCACCCUUCAUCCUGCAGCCUGGAGCCCUCCUGGAGUUUGCCAUUUGCUUCCAAGUGGAAGGCUCUGAAUUCUGGGACAACAAUAAUGGACAAAACUACAAGCUGACCUGCCACAGCUACAAACUAACCGUCCCCAGGGAGUGUGAGGAUAGCAUGGUGCACUUCAUAUGACUGGCCACUAGGUGCUGUCAAGCACAAAUUUCCUCAGAUAUCACUGAAUAAAUGAGCUAGAUGACACUUUUCCAUAUCUACUGUACGUGUACCUGGACUGUACAUGUCCUUCAACAUGAACUUGCUGUGCAGAAAGCAACAUAUGCACUUUUUGUGAAAAUAUUUUGAUUUUUACAGGCAGUUUCUUAACCAUCUCUCAGCUGUUUCUUUUUCUUUGUGAAAAAAAUGGCUUUUGCAAUUUAGAUUAUAAUUCAGUAUUAUUUUGAUAUUGAUCAGACUGCUUCUCAAUCUGUUGCUAAAAUGAAAAGUUGGUUUUAAAUUCUGGAACUUUAUAUAAUUCCAUUUUAGAUUUUGUACUGUCACUGAAAAUCUCAGCUUUUCUCUUAAGUAAAUCUAUGUAAAUACUUAAAAAAUCAAAUUAAUUUGCAACUAUACAUAUCAAUAUACUUACAUUUGAAGCAUGUCACUUAUGUGAGCUGCUGCAGUGAUUUAUAGUUAGGUUUUUAAAAAGAAAGUUUUAUAUGUUUUGUAAAAUAACAUGAUUGACUGUAUUAGGCUUAUUCUAAAUGGUCAAGUACCAUACAUCAUGUAUAAUUCCCCAUCACACACAGACAUGGAAUGGUAUAUAGUGUAAUGCCCUUGUGUGUUCUACUCUAGCACAGUACUUUGGGAGGAGAAUAUGGUGAAAUGCAAGAAUAUGAAACUCUAAUUACAAUUCUGAUUGUUGUUUGCUUGGUAAAUGUGUUAGAUUUUGGUCCAGUAACACUUUCAGAGUAAAUUAAAUCUGUCUCUUACAAAAGCAUAAUUCUUAAACAUUUAUGUUUGCUGUACUGGUUUGGAAUUAUAGACUUAGGCCUACUAUUUAAUAGAUGCCAUUCUGUUGCUUUUGCAGAUGCUUUUUCUCUAAAUGGCACCCAUUAAACAUGUUUUUGUUAGUGUGUUGGU